UCAUCAUGCAGACAGGAUCUGGUGCUACUAGCUAGUGUCCCUCUGAUCCCCAGAAAGCCACUACUGUUAAUCAAACCAAGCACCGGCUCCUUCCAUUGGCUGCCGCCUGCAUAAUGCCUCAGCACAGCACCCGUGCAUUAUCACCUUCAGUUAUUAGUGUUGUUGCAUCUAUAUAUACAGCUAGCUAAGUAGUUCAGGUUCAGCAUAACAGAAACUUACAACUAGUCUACUACACACUUGCAGGAACCGCAGAGUCAACUCGCAUCCAUUCCAUCCUGGGUGACACGAGAGAAAAUAAAGAACAUGAGGCUUUGACUUUUAUACUUGAGCCUGCAGAGAUCGAGGCAUAAAAGAGUAGGAAUUGAACAUGCAGGCUCCUGGCAGCAAGGGAAUGCAGCGUGGGUACUACGCGUACUCGAGGAGGGUGCUGCUGCUGGCUCCGAUGUACGACCACAGGGAGAACCAGCAGGCGGUGGUGGCCGCCGGACAGGAGGCACCGGCGUCUGCUGGAGACGUCAGCGGCGGCGGGGUCCCGACCGCGACCGGGACCGGGAGCAGCUUCGACGCGAACGUGGUGAUGAUCCUGGCCGUGCUCCUGUGCGCGCUCAUCUGCGCGCUUGGGCUCAACUCCAUCGUGCGGUGCGCGCUCCGCUGCAGCGGCUCGAGCCGCCGGGCGGUCCUGUCCAGUUCGUCGCCCGCGGGGGAUCAGGAGCGGCAGCGGCAGCUGGGGUCUGCGGCGCAGGCCGGGAUGCGGCGCAAGGCGCUGCGCGCGAUGCCGACGCUGGUGUACUCUGCUGCCUCUGCGUCGGCGGGGGCGGACAGCCCGUCGUGCGCAAUCUGCCUGGCGGAUUUCGAAGCCGGGGAGCGCGUCCGGGUGCUGCCCAAGUGCAACCACGGCUUCCACGUCUGCUGCGUCGACCGCUGGCUCCUCGCCCGCUCUACCUGCCCCACGUGCCGCCAGCCGCUCUUGGGCGCGCAGCGGAAGACGUCUAGCUGUGCCGAGGCCGCGCCUGGCCGGUCGUUCCUCGUGCCACUCCGGCCGGAAGGUUUCGUCACUUCCUAUGAUUUUUAGGUCCGUCUCUGUACAGUUUAUCGUUCCAUACUAGGAGAUGGGACUGCAUGCAUUGUAAGUAUAGUAAAAGUCUCCCCUUGUUGGAAAUCAAGGUGUGCGUGCUUCACAUGGGUCGAGGUGGGUUCUUCUACAAUCAACGGCUCAGAGCAAAAGGUCGGUGAACCAAAUUAAACAUCGCAGUUGAUCGUGAUAUUCCAGGUCCAGGAUGCAAGAACUCCAUACGAAACAGUUAAUUCCUCGAGGGUUCUGACAAAAGGAAAAGGCUGUCCUCGAUCAAUCCUUCUCGUGAUCUGAUUGAGGCAAACCCUCGACCGAGAAACCAUGUGCCUUCCCUCCAAAACGGUGUACGCCGUGGCUACCCCACCAUGAGUUUUGGCAUGUUGGUUAGGGUUGAUUGGCAAACAUGUUAGAGGGAAGAAAAUGACGUAAUUGGCAGGCGGAAAGAUAUCACAUCAGCUAAAUCUGGGUGGUUUAGGAUGCA